GCACCACUGUUUCCCACCGUUUUCCACCCACUUCCUCCUGUAACGUGUCCUUCGCCUUGCAGACCCACGUGGCGGGCAGGCAGGCCUGGUCCAGCAUGGCCGUGCGAUAUCGGAUGCAGCCCGUCUCUGUCUACACCAAUGGAACUGUGUUUGCCACUGACGCCGACAUCACUUUUGUAGCCGUUACCAAGGAAGCCACUCCCCUGGAGUUCACGUGGUUCUUCGGAGAAGACCUGCCCGUGAGGACCAGGCGCAGGAGCAUCCAGAGAAGGCUCAGUGUCCCCCAGUGGUACCGCGUGGUGGUGCAGGCUUCCAAUGGAAUGGGCAGCGUGGCCUCGGAGCCCCGCCGUGUCCAGGUGCAGAGGAGAGUGGUGGCCAGCGGACUCGUGGCCGCGGACUCGGCUCUGGUGAACGCUCCCGUGACCUUCCAGUGCAGAGUCACCUUCGGCACCGAUGUGGCUUACCGCUGGGACUUUGGGGAUGGCACUGGUGGCCGGGGGAAUAGCUCCGCCAGCCACGUCUACAGCAGGAUAGAAACGAUAAGCACAAAGGAAAGUCAUUUCGAUAGUGACCAGAGUCACUUAAAGAAAGCCAAAGACGUCUUUCUCCUCACGCAGGUGUGGCGGUCCCAGCCUGUGACCCUGGGGGUGACCUUCGAAGCCGCCAUUCUCUGUGACAUCUCCCAAGGCCUCUCCUACAGCUGGAGCCUCACCAAUUCCGUGGGGUCGCCGGUGCCCCUGCCUCCUGCCAUCAGCACCCACAGGCAGACCUUCACUGUCCCCCACUACUUCCUGGAACCCGGGAACUACACUGCGCUGGCCCAGGUGCAGGUGCGAGGCAGUCCUGUGCACAGCAAUUACUGCGUGGGAGUGGAGGUGCGUGCCCGGGCACCUGUCAGCGUGAUCUCCGAGGGCACACACCUGUUCGUCCCCAGGACCCCCUUGUCUACCAUGGUCCUCAGGGGGUCCCUGUCCUACGACCCAGACAGGCCCGGGGCCACUCUCAGGUAUCACUGGGCGUGCACCCCAGCCAGUGCCCCCGGCCGCCCCUGCUUUGCUGGGCCCUCUGCACGCAGCCCGGAUGCCGGGGCGCCCACCCUGUCCUUCGCAGCGGACUCUCUCAGCAGUGGCUACGACCAGUUUCUUGUGACAUUGACGGUGUCCAGCCACGGCCGGAACUCUUCCGAGGCGCAGGUGUUCCUGUCCACCCUCCCUGACGUGGCGCUCAGGCGCGUGCACAUCUCCUGGGAGACGUUCCGAGGCGUCCCUGUGAACUGGAACGAGGAGCUUUCGCUGCGGGCGGCUUGUGAAGACUGCGGGGAGGCGGCCCUCUCUUACUCCUGGGACCUCUUUUUGGUCAACGCUACAGGAGGGGACAGAGAGGAAGUUCCCUUUUGCAGAACCGUGGGGCUGCUGGGCUCCUCAGGAUUGGGGUCUGUGUCGAAGCUUCCCGAGUCCUACCCACGGUCCCCAAGGCCACGCCGGACCGAGCCCCACGCCACGCCUGUGCCGUUCGCACGGGAGCCACGGCCCUGGACCCUGGGCCAGGCUGGCCUCUCAGCCACGGGGAGAGCCUCCGUGGAGUCCAUGGUCCCUGCACCCCAAGUUCCCGCUGCUGGUGACCCUGUGGCCCCAGAAGGGGAUCCCUGGGAUGAGGGGUCCCCGGGGAGUCCAACCCCUCACCCCCCUGAGCAGGGCUGGGGCCCUGAGGUGGCCCAGAGCAACGUGUGUGCUCCCUCGGGUCCUGUGUUUCAGGGGAGCCUGGUUUACGGGAAACGCUCUCAUUCUGUCCUUCACGCAGACUUUGAGGCCUAUUACAGUGACGUCCAAGAAGCGGUGCCCUCGAGAGGACGGCAGCCGGCUGCCUGGACCAGCAUGCACCUCUCAGCGUCGGGACCCAGUGAGGACGGGAGCCGUGGGGAUGGGGACAACCUGGUGGGCCACUUCCUCCCGACCGCCAGUGCCCGGCCUGCACUCCUGGUCGACUGGCCCAAGUCCCCCGUGAGCCGAGCCGUUUUUCAGGGCUACACCGCGUCCGGGAUCACGGGACAGACGGUGACAGUGAAGCCGCACUCACUGCGCCCUGGAGAGACAUACGUCCUGCAAGCAGCGGUGGCUUCGGGGCACAGCUUUCUAGGGAAGGCUCAGCUGUAUGUGACCGUCAAUCAGGCUCCGCGGGACGUGGCCUGCCAGGUGCAGCCCCACCGCGGCCUCGAGGCAGACACCGUCUUCAGCGUCUUCUGCACGUCGGGGAGGCCGGACUUCCGCUAUGAGUUUGGUUACCAGAUAGGAAACGCCUCCAAGUGCACCCUGUACCGGGGGACAGACGCCCAGCACUACUUUGCACUGCCAGCUGGGGAGCCCAUGGAUGGUUAUCAAGUCCUGGUGUCCACUGUGAUCACUGAUGGUGACGGCUCCCAGACGCAGCCCUGUGCCGUGGCCGUGACUGUGCUGCCCCGUCUCCAUGGGGACCGCUGCCCCGGCCAGGAAGUGUACAAUGCUAGCCUGAGGAACCUCUCCACCCUCCAACAGAUGGGCAGUGACACGGAAGUCAGGAACUAUGUCGCCGUGACUACCAGGGUCCUGAGUCGCUGGGCUAGGGAGGGCGGGAGCCCCUCCUGUGGCCAGUGGUCCGGAAUUCAGGACGUGUUUAUUUCUUCAAUCUGCAGAUUAGCUCCCCAGGACCAGGAGGAAGCGACCGACUCUGUCCUCCUGCUGAGGGACCUGCUGCGCUUCCCCAACAAGAUGAGCCUCGCAAGCGCUCUUCUCAUCCUCGACUGCGCACACACGCUGCUGGCCCCCAGCCGGCCCCCCGCAGGCUGCGCGGUGGAGGCGGGCCAGGUGCGGGAGCUCAUCCUUCUCGUGUCUGGGGUCCUGGAGGCCAGCGACCACGGUCACUCAAGGAGCUCGGGCCGCCUGCUGGAGGAAGGUGCUCAGGCCAUUGCAGACGUGCUGCUGGUACGGUCUUCCUCCUCCUCGGGGCUGCCCCGUCCUGGGGUCCAGUCCUGGCUCAGGCCUUUCCAGGUGUUUCCGCCUCUUGGGUCUGAUCCGGAAGGUGGUCCCGCCCGUCAGUGUUGGACCCGUGCUUUCCAGGGCUGCCUGUCCUCACGCGGUGAGCACCGGGUCCACGUGAGCGCCGGGCAGACGGAGGCCCAGGCGCAACUUCAUCGCCACCCUCAGAGCUCCGUGCAGAGCCUGGGCCCCAUCCAGGUGCGCCUCCCUGUAGACCUGGCCGGGUGGGAGCCCAGCCCGUGCUACGUGAGCCAGCUCCUGCUCUUCAGGAGGAGCUCCUUUCUACAGGGACGCGCUCCUGGCCAGGUUGGUGCUCUGCUGGCCCUGUCCCUGCACCGCUGCUCCAGCCGAAGGCCCCUGCACAAGCCACGGCUGAGGACGCCCGUGACCGUGGAGUUCGGGGAGGAAGGUGCCCCGGGCGACAGGAGAAAUGAAACGACGUUUGUGCUGCUUCGGGAUAGAGUGAACGUCCACCACUUCGCUGGGCUGUCCGCAGCCGGCCCGGAGGCCCUGCAGAUCCGAGUGGAGUUCUCCCAGCUGGCCGCCAGGGUGUUCCCCGUCAUGUUGCUGGUGAGCGUCUCCGUGCCGGCGGCUGCGCUGGAAGGCCACACCCAGGGGUACCUGUCCCUGUUGGAUGCGGACUACGACAGGGAAUCUCCCAACAGGUACUUGACCGAGACCGUGAGCUACGUGGUGCGUUUCCAGGGGGUCCGCUGCCUGCUCUGGGACCCGCGGCGGGAGCCUGAGAGUCUCCCCCCACAGCCGGCGGCUUCCCCGGGGAAGGUGAACUGCAGCUACAACCUCCUCGCCACCUACUCCAUCGCAAGGAGAAGCCUGAACGCCAGCUUUGAAUCCAGGGACGUGGCCCAGUUCCGGGGAUGUCCGGAAAACCUGCUCCCCAGUAUUUUUAUUGUGGCCAUUACAAUUCUUUAUGCCCUUUUGGUCACUAAAAGCAAACGUAUGGAUCGUCGUGAGAAAAAGAAAACGGGUUACAUUUUCCUGCAAGACAGUGCCCCGCUCAGUCACCAGCUGUAUGCGGUUGUUGUGGACACGGGCUUCCGGGCUCCAGCCCGCUUCACCGCAAAGGUCUACAUCGUUUUAUGUGGUGAAGAUGGACUUUCAGAGCCCAGAGAGCUCUGCUGCCCAGAGAAGCUGCUGUUUGAACGGAACUCCAGACACACCUUCGUCCUCAGGUAUGGGACUUGCCCGCAGAGCCCGGGCAGCAGCCGUGAGGCCUGGUGUGGCCAUCAGGCCGGCUCUCCAGCUCCCGCCUGGUACGUCAGCCACGUGAUGGUGAAGGAGCUGCGCCAGGGACGGGGGCGCUGGUUCUUCCCUGCCGAGUGCUGGCUGGCCGCGGGCAGGCGGGACGGCCGUGUGGAGCGGGAGCUGGCCUGUCUGCGCGGGGGCCUCGGCUUCCGGAAGGUAGGUGCCAUCGUGUCCCCAGGCGGCCCCCGGCCACGGCGGACACAGUGCGGGAGGUGUGGCGAGCUGGCCUUUCUCCGUGCGUUUAGCUGCGCUGGGAGGGGCCUCAGCGUGGCCUUCACCCUGCUGUGCGCCUACGCCUGCCUGGCGGCCCUGGUCACCACUGCAGGACACGGGCAGCUCCCGCCAAGUGUCGGCCCGGCUCGCGUUCCCCUCGGGUCCUUCUGGACGGGCUUCCUGUGCACCCUCCUGGCUUCUCCGGGGGCGCAGCUCUUGUCGCUGCUCUUCAGGCUCAGCCAGCGAAGCGCACCAGCCGUUCUCUGUGGGGGAGCCCAGGCCCAGAGCGCAGCCAGCGGCGAUGGGGCCGCCCAGCCACCCCCUGAGCUGGAGGCCUGUGGGGCUGAGCUUGGCCAGUGGGCUCUGAGAGAGAAGAGAGACUGCAUUCCCGGUUUACAAGUCCCCAGCCGUGCGUUCGAAGGACACGUCACAACCCCAUGGCCAAGGGCGCUGUGGCCGUGGUUGCGCUCUGCAGCGUGGGCCAUUUGCGGGAUGGUCUCUGUGGCCUGUGGCGUGGGGACGGUGUUUCUGGGAUACAGGUUCAGCCCCACACAGUGCGGGCAGUGGCUGUGCCUGCUGACCAUCUCCGUGACCUGCUGUGUCUUCGUCACCCAGCCCUUCAUGGUGGGCCUGGUGGCUCUGGGCUUCGCUUGGAAAAGGAGAGACGACGAGAGCUUCUUCACUGAGUCUUUACAGGAGGCCACCGAGGGCCUAGGCACAGGCCUGGCGGGGCUGUCCUGCACCCACGCGUCCCAUACGCCCUGCUGCAGCCGUCCCCGCGGCCCAGGCGUGGUUGAGAGAGUCUUGGCUGAGCGACACCGAGCUCGUCGCCUGCGCAGGGCGCGUCCACCGUGCACAGCGUGGCUCAGGGCCACGCGGGAGAGGAUGCGGAGACAGACGCGCACCCGGGCAGUGCUGAGGGACACCUGCAUGUCCGUCCUCAUGCUGCUCCUACACCUGCUUAUAACCCACGUGACUUCCCCCCGGGAUGAGCACUCUCUCAGCCACGCCAUCCGGAACACCUUCACCAGAGGUGCCAGGAGCUCCUCCGGCAGCCUAAGCAGCGUGGAUGCCUGGUGGGACUGGAGCCUGACCACCCUGCUGGAUGGCGUGUACCCGGUCAGCGUGCCCAGUGCUCAGCCUGGAGCUCUCGGAGGAACAUGCUACCUCAUAGGGCCGGCAGUCCUUAAGCAAAUAAAACUUUCUCCUGGCCCUUCAUGUGAGCUUCCCAGGCCGCUCUCCGUGCUCCCCGAAGACUCCCUACCUACGUGUCACCCCAAAGUUGGAGGCUCUGAAACCCCCUCUGUGAUCAAUGCAGAGACCCAAAGAGUGGCCCCAAGUGACCCCACAGCCUGCAGGGAGCACUGUGAGCUCAGCCUGGGCAGGACAAGGUCCACAGCCCACGCAGUGCUGACUGGCCUCAGGGCUCACCGCUGGGUGGAUCACCGCACCAGGGCCAUGUCUGUGCACUUCGUCCUCUACAACGCCCCCACCCGCCUCUUCUCCCGUGUGUCCCUGCAUGCGACGCUGCUCCCGGCCGGGGGCCUCGCCCUUUCCCCCCUCGUGGAGUCGGUCACCGUCUUCCACAGUGACCCAGCCCCAAGGUACCACCUGCUUCUUCCCCAGCUGGCCUUCCUGGCGCUCACCCUGACCCACCUGUGCCUCCAGCUCUUCCACCUGGCUGAGAAGGGCGUCCGUGGCUACUGGCAAAAACGUGGGGCCUGGCUGGAGCUGCCCCUCGCCGGGGCCGGCCUGGCCUGGUACGCAGCCUCCGGCCACCUGCUCUCCCUGGCCGGGGAGGUGACCAACCAGUUGCACAUGGGGCUCCUGCAGGGCUUUGUGGACCUCAGUCCCAUGGCGUCAUGGAAUCAGAGGGCGAGGUGGCUCCAGGGAACCCUGUCGUUCCUCCUGACCCUGAAAUGCCUCCGUCUGCUCGGCUCUCACAGCGCAGUGGCGUCCUACAUCUUCGCCACACGCCGCUCCCUCGCGGGCGUCCUCGCACCAGGGCUGGCAGGGGUCCUGGUGCUGGCCGCCCACGCCCACCUGCGUGGGAUUCCACUCCUUACCAUGGCUCCUUCAUCGGGCACCUUCGCAGACGCCUCCCACCGUUUUCCAGGAAGCAGCCAAAGAGACAUGUUCCCGGGCCUCUCCAAGGCAGAGGGGCAGGCCACGGCUAGGCACUGCACAGCCCUCCUGGCAGCAGUGACCACUCUGUGGAUAGGAAUGCUCAGAGGUUCCCUCAUGGCUUUUGUUCCCAAACGAAAAUCUUUUCAAAGCCAAUCUCUUGUGAGACUUGCAGACGUGAUGGCCUAUGUGUGGGGGGCGGCCUGCUCUGCGCUGGGGCUGGAGAGGCGGCCGCCGGAGGAGGCUGCGCCGGCCACGCACCACAACCCCUCCCUGGAUGAGUUUGCAGACCUGCUGGAUGAGCUGCUGCUGAAGAUCGACAGUCUGUCCGCCCGCCUCCCCGUCCCUCUCCCAGCGCAGCCGCCCCAGGACGCGCCACAGGCUGAGGCCGGGGCAGAAGGCAGCCCUUCGCUGGGGGCUUCUGAUGACCAGGCUGCAGGGCCCUCAGGCAUCGAGAAACCGCUGCGGCCCGGGCUGUGCUGAGGUGCUUACAACACGGGUCUCCUUCACACACGAGGAACGCCAGGCCCCCAGAGGUGCCACUGAGCCAGCUCUCACGCGCAGUGAGAAGCCACGUGGAACCAGGUUUACGUGUCAGACUUGUCCAUCCGGGUUCGAGGCGGGGUGGGACCCACCUCGGCUCUGCCAGGUGCCUGGAGCUGCGAGUGGGAGGCUCGUUUGUACGUCCGCCUAACUGACUCUCUCAGUAUCAAAGGCUAAAAUCUUAUUUGGCGGAAUUUCUAUUCUGUCUAUUGAGUCUGAUCUUGCAAGCUAUCUCAGAAAUCUAAUAAAUGCAACGAAACGGGCCAGGAUGGAAGUCAGAUCGUUAAAUGAGAUUUUGAAAUGAAGUCCUUGUUUU